GUCCAAUCAAACCAGCUUCCCACCUUCAUGCUUGGCACUUUUGCAUGGCAACCAUGUCAGUGGACCUAUCUUUGCCUCCUGCAAAGGCACAGUUUUUAGCCAAGGAGGCGCCGAAUGAGGAGAAGUUUUGUAUUGCCUCUAUGCUCUUUGCAGCUGAGUCUGGAGACAUGGAAGAGCUGAACAUGCUGCUAGAGUUUGGGAUGAACCCCAAUGUACUUGAAUUAUGUGUCCCCUGCGUAUGUGAAGUCCGAAGUGGACUAGCCCUUGUACGAGAUGGCUAUGGCCGAACACCUCUGCACCUGGCAGCAUGGAUGGGCCAUGUUGAAGUGGUGGAAAAACUCCUGGAGCAUCCAAAAUGUAUGAUAAAUGCCUUGGAUGCUCAUCAACGUACGCCCUUGGGCCUUGCCGUGCUGGAGCAGAGAUACUCCAAGCAGUCUAUCAAAGACGGCAAGCAGGAGGUGGCCGCCAUCCUCCGCAAACGCGGCGGUAGGCGAGCAGCCCUGCCCAAGAAGGAAUACCCGUCAGGCCCAGCAUGAGAGGGCCAACAAGCCAGCCAGUUAUUUGCGACUCCUGUUUGUUGCGAUGCUUUUUCACCUGCUCAGGCUCCAACAGGACGAUCUGAUUAUAAGCAGGGAGAAGCGAAUCCAACAGACAGGUCCACGAAAUGAUUUUCAAUGGUUCUCCUGACUGACAAAUGAGAAAGGUGUCACUGAAAGUGGCUCAUUUCUCAUCUCCUAUUUGGCGCAGUCAGACUCACGCUCAAAGAAAAGCUGGG